AUGGAAUACGGCGUCACGUGCGUCUGUACUCAUCCAGGCGGACGCAACUUCUCAUCCCACUCAACGAACCCGGAACCAGUCCGUCCCGACGCGGACGAAUCGCUCAAGAUGAUCCCAUCGACCUACCUUCCCCUUCUGAUUUCCUUGGUCGCGGGGACGAGGGGGCAGAACCCUUGUCCCGAUCCUGACGAAAUCGCACCCUGCGUCUGCCACUUCCAGGACGGCCCGAGAGUGAACGUCACCGUUGAUUGCUCCGGAGCGACGUCGAGCGGUCAGAUCUACUCCGCCUUCAACGACGUCUCGUGGAUCUUCAAUCGACUCACGAAAUUCUUGCUGACAUCCCGUUCCGGGGUGAAGGAGCUCCCCGAAGGAUUGUUUGGGGAUGUCACCUUCCAGUACAUAGAAGUGAGAGAUACGGAAGUGGCUUCCGUGCAUCCCACGGUCUUACUGUCGUCCAAAGAUGAACUCUAUCAUUUGUCGAUCACCGAAAGCAGCCUGGAAGACUUCCCCUUCGACGUUCUGUCUCAAAUGACCAAACUCCAAUACCUCAAUCUCAGGCACAAUGCCUUAAACUCCUCGCCAGUUGUCCAAUGUCCAAACCUUGAAUACCUGGACCUUACUGGCAACGAGAUCUCACUCGAGAGCGGAUGGUCAAUGCCAUCAUUGUAUGUUUUAUUUCUCGUCGGUAAAAAUGCCAAAGAAGUGUCCGUCGAAGAAGUGUCUUUCGAAGAAGUGACAUGGAACCGUGAGGUUUCAUUUAAAGACCAGGUAUAUGCCGAAAAUUCGUGCACGAUCAUUGAACUGAAGCAACGCAUCACUGAGAAGAUGGCUGGAGUUGCCUUUCGGAGACGGCUCGCGUGA